UGAGGCUAGGCCUCUCGUUUCUCUCAGUUUCAUUUCUCUCCUUGCUGGUAAUAGGAAACAGCAUCUGGAGGAGUGGUUCCCAGCACAUAAAAGGGAAGCAGAGGAGGAGAGAUGAUUUGCGUGGAGUCUUCUGGAGCUGCUCAGAGCUUGUUAAGAAGAUUGGAGGCACCGAGCAGCGGGAAACACACCUUCCUACCCUGACAGGCUGACAGCUCAUGCCUAAAUCCCACAGUUCUUGGUCGUACCAGAGGCACAAUCCAUCUUCUUCCCUACACCAUCCAAAAAAAGAAAUGAAUUUUUUCCAGCAGCAGCCACCACCAUCUGGCAAAGCCACAGGGCAAAUGAUAUUCCCUCCAAACUGGCAGGCCGGAGGGAAGGACGCAGUUUACCUCUCCAAGAACUUGAAGUUGCUGACAUUGAACCAACAGCAGCCAGGAGGAAACUGGGGCCAACAGAGGGCAAAGGGGCCCGAGAACAACCUGUACAGCCAGUACGAGGAGAAGGUGCGCCCCUGCAUCGACCUCAUCGACUCCCUGCGGGCCCUGGGCGUGGAGCAGGACCUGGCCCUGCCUGCCAUCGCCGUCAUCGGGGACCAGAGCUCCGGCAAGAGCUCUGUGCUGGAGGCUCUGUCGGGAGUCGCCCUGCCCAGAGGCAGCGGAAUCGUCACCAGGUGUCCCCUGGUGCUGAAGCUGAAAAAGCAGCUCCAUGAGCCAGCAUGGACGGGGAGGCUCAGCUACCGGACCACGGAGCUCCAGCUCCACAACCCCUCGCAGGUGGAGAAGGAAAUUCAGAAAGCCCAGAAUGCCAUAGCUGGGGAUGGAGUUGGCAUUAGCCAUGAGCUCAUUAAUCUGGAGAUCACCUCCCCCGAUGUUCCCGAUCUGACCCUCAUUGACCUUCCUGGCAUCGCCAGAGUGGCUGUGGGAAAUCAGCCCCAGGACAUUGGAUUGCAGAUCAAGGCCCUCAUCAAGAAGUACAUUCAGAGGCAACAGACGAUCAACUUGGUGGUGGUCCCCUGCAACGUGGACAUCGCCACCACAGAGGCGCUGAGCAUGGCUCAGGAGGUGGACCCGGAUGGAGACAGGACCAUAGGAAUCCUGACCAAACCAGAUCUCGUGGACAAGGGCACUGAGAGAGUCAUUGUGAAUGUGGUGCAGAACCUCACCUACCAUCUCAAGAAGGGCUACAUGAUAGUGAAGUGCCGGGGCCAGCAGGAGGUCACCAACAAGCUGAGCCUGGCCGAGGCAACCAGUAAAGAAAUGACGUUCUUCCAGACACAUCCGUAUUUCAGAGUUCUCCUGGAGGAAGGAAAGGCCACGGUGCCCCGACUGGCAGAGAAACUUACCACCGAGCUCAUCUCACACAUCAAUAAAUCACUCCCACUGUUAGACAAUCAAAUAAAGGAGAGCCACCAGAAGGCCACAGAGGAGUUGCGCCAGUGUGGAGCCAACAUCCCCAGCAGCGACACCGAGAAAAUGUUCUUUCUCAUCGAGAAAAUUAAGGUGUUUAAUCAGGACAUCGAAAAGUUAACAGAAGGAGAAGAAGUUGUAAGGGAGAAAGAGACCCGCUUAUAUAACAAAAUCAGAGAGGAGUUUAAGAACUGGGUACUCAUACUUACAGCCAACACCCAAAAAGUGAAAAAUAUUAUUCAUGAAGAAGUCUCAAAAUAUGAAAAGCAGUAUCGUGGCAAAGAGCUUCUCGGAUUUGUCAACUACAAGACAUUCCAGACCAUUGUGCAGCAGUACAUCGAACAGCUGGUAGACCCCGCUCUCCUUGUGCUCCAGAAGGCUGUUGAAAUUGUCUGGCAAAGUUUCACUGACACAGCCAAAAAGAAUUUUGGUGAAUUUUCCAACCUCAAUCACACAGCCCAGAGCAAGAUUGAAGACAUAAAAACAAAACAAGCGGAAACAGCGGAAAAUCUGAUCCGCCUUCAGUUCAGGAUGGAGCAGCUGGUUUAUUGUCAGGACCAGAUUUACAGUGUGGUUCUGAACAAAGUCCGAGAGGAGGUGUUUAACCCAGUGGGAAAGCCUUCCCAGAAUCAUUUGAAAUCGCCUGUUUCAAAUAAUACCUCCUCAGUUUCCUCCAUCAAUGAAAUCGGGGUGCACCUGGAUGCCUAUUUCCUGGAAACGAGCAAACGUCUUGCCAACCAGAUCCCAUUCAUAAUUCAGUAUUUUAUGCUCCAAGAGAAUAGUGACUGCCUGCAGAAAGCCAUGAUGCAGAUACUACAGGAAAAAGAGCACUAUUCCUGGCUGCUGCAGGAGCAGAGUGGCACCGCCGCCAAGAGGAACUUCCUGAAGGAGAAGAUCCACCGGCUGUCUCAGGCGCGGCGUGCGCUCUGUAAAUUCUCCAGUUAGAGGGGGAUACACGUGGCGGGACUACAGUGCUUUGGGGCUUUUCGUCAUGUGUGUGCAGUAUGAGGAAGAUGGUGCAGGAAGUGGCUUCUCAUUUGGGGCUAGACCUUUCUGCUGUUGUCUGUCCAUCAUCGCUGUACUGCACUCUGCACCAGGGUUCAAAUCUCAAGUUCACACACACGCAAGGCUGUCACCUCCACCGGGUGGUCUUCUCUGACCUCCAUGAAGAUGUGGCUCUCCAGUCUUUGGGCUCCAUUGCCCCCAUCAUUCUCUGUGGAUUUGUGUUCCCCCACCGCCAUUACAUUAUGAGACCCCAGAGGGGGAAAGUCAGCACCCCACUCUUCUUCUGUAUUUCCAGAGUCGUGCAUGCACCUGGCACACAGCAGCCACUUAAUAAAUGAUAUCUCAGUGAACAAACGAA